CAAGCAACUGCUGUCACUGCCGACCCACAAGCACAGAUAGAGAGAGCUGAAAGUGAAGACAGAAACCUUUUUUUUUUCUACCUGGAAGUAUAGUAUCCUCUUCCUCAUGUCUGAGCGUCGCGUUCCCUUCAGCUUCCUUCAUAGCCCUAGCUGGGACCCGUUCCACAACUGGUACCAGGGCAACCGGCUCUUCGACCAGAACUUUGGCAUGCCUACCACCAGUACCAUGCCUGAAGAAUGGUACCCAUGGGCAAGCACUCACUGGCCAGGAUACGUGCGCCCCCCGGUUGCAGGUCUACCAAUAGACGCAGCGGCAGCGACCCAUGCUCAAAUGGCCCAAGCCCCCAUCAUGCCCCCAAGUCCUUUCCAUUAUCCUCGCAUCAUGAACCGGCAGCUGAGCAGUGGGGUGUCUGAAAUCAAACAGACCUCAGACCACUGGAAGGUCAGCCUGGACGUCAGCCACUUUUCACCAGAGGACAUCGUGGUGAAGACCAAAGAUGGUGCAGUGGAAAUUACCGGAAAACAUGAAGAGAGGAAAGAUGAACACGGAUACAUUUCAAGAUGUUUUACUAGAAAGUACACACUGCCUGCUGAAUGUGAUGGAAGUCAAGUAUCAUCAACUCUGUCUCCUGACGGAGUGCUGACAGUGGAGACUCCGCUACCCAAGCCAGCCAUACAGGCUGCUGAGGUCACAAUCCCAAUCGCUGCUGUGAAGAAAUGAGGAAUCAGCAGCUCCCAGUUUAAAGAGCGAUUCCUUCCUUCAAUACACUCAAAGAAAAACAAGUGCUUGUGACAGCAGUUUAUCUGUAGUGUGACCGUAUAGUAACAGCACACGUUCGAAAUUGAUUUAUGCAAUGUAAAUUAGAAAAACAUUUUGUACUAUUGCAACUAGUAAUCUAAUAGUAUUCAGAUUGCUUGUCUUUUUAAUUUGUAGUACGCUAUCAAUCCCUGGAUUGAUGAAAUUGUAGUGAUAAUUUGCAAUCUAGGUGGUAGAGUAAGUUUGACUAAUAAACUUUUAUUUUUAAUUCUAAAAACAUAGUAAGUGAAAUAAUAUGUAUGUAUAUAUGUUGGUAUGUGUGCAUGUAUAUAUGUGAAUGUUAUUAGUGAUGGAAGCCCCUCUUGAGGCAAUGUUGCAGUACUGUGCAGUCAGUCUAUGAGUCCAAACAGACAAGGAAAAAAGAAAGAUCUAAAAGGCUUCUAUUAAACAAACAAGAAUACAAA